AUGAAGACUCAAUAAGCUUAUCUAUCAUUAGGAUAGAUGACAUUAAAUUGCUUAACGAGUUAGAGAGAGUAUAAAUUGGUAAAUUAGAAGAGAAAUUCGCUUUUAGUAUCCUUAGUUUAGCCAAAAAGGCUGAAAAAUACAUCCUAAAUUGCUGAAUUAGAUGAUAUACCAAAGAAAUAAAGAAGAAAAAGCUUCUAAGAGGGUAAUAGUGGUUAGAAAUUGCUUAGAUUAAAUUGUUUAUAUCCCAUAUCUAUUUGUUUAUAGCAUAUAAGUCAAAAACCAAAAAUAGAUACUACUAUUAAUAAGAUUAUAUUGCGUAAAGCUGUAAAGAGGGCUUCAGUAAUAUUAUCGACAGUGAAAUACUGGAAGGACCAUUCUUAUUUAAAAAUAGAUGUUCCUACUAUGUUUAAAUCAAUCCAUUAGAGGAAUAGUUAUGUAAGCGAUCGAAAUGAAAUGACCAAUCGCAGCAAGUAAAGAAGUGGUCAGCAUCCAGUUUUGUUAAAUCAAUUUAGAAUUAGGAAUAAUGAAAGGCUGAUUUAGUAUAGUCUUGAUAAGGCAGCCAAAAAAGCAAAAUCUGCAAGUGACCAUUUACCUAAUUAUAACUUAUUAAGUUAUUCUUCAAGACAUAGCAUACCAAAUGCGCAUAUUAUAGUAAAAUAAUGA